GAUUAUAGGGACUCAUCCAUGGCUCGGGCAAUACAGUACUGACUAUCAAAUUCAAAGAGGGGACCGUUAUGACGUCUUCGAACCACGACAGUUUAUAUACCGCUUGCCUCUAUUCUCCUCUCUAGUCUUCUCCGACUUCUCAACAGCCAUCUACAUUUGCACUUAACGCUUAUACACUACAAAACUCACAAUGUUUUCAAAUCUUGCGUUUUCUGGGGAAUGCAUCAUAGUCACUGGGGGUAAUCGCGGAAUUGGGCUUGGGUUUAGCCGCGCUCUCGCUAAGGCUGGUGCCCGAGUAGCAAUCAUCUACAAGAGUAACAAGGACGCCCCUAAAGUCGCUGAAGAUCUUGAGAAGGAAUUCGGCGUCAAAGUCAGGGCUUACAAGUGCGAUGUCACCAAUGCGAAGCAGACAGUUGAGAUGUUCGAGUUCAUCGACAAAGAGCUUGGCCCCGUCACAGGUCUUAUUGCAAAUGCUGGCGUUUCUGUCGUGAAGCCUGCUCUUGAACUCACCACGGAGGACUACUACCACGUGUAUGAUGUCAAUGUCCUCGGCGUGUUCAACAGUGCUGUGGCUGCUGCAACACUUUGGAAAGGCAAACACUUGAAAAACCUUUCGAUUGUUAUCACGUCCUCCAUGAGCUCGCAGAUCAUUAACCAAGCUGCGACAAACAAACCCUUGACGCAAGUCUUUUACAACUCCUCGAAGGCUGCUGUCUCCAACCUUACCAAGGGGUUGGCUGCUGAGUGGGCUGCAUAUAACAUCAGAGUGAACGCAGUCUCUCCCGGAUACGUGGAGACGGAUCAAACUCAUAAUUUGCCCGACAGCGUCAUCCAAUAUGAAGCGGACCACAUUCCCUUGAGAAAAUUCGGCACACCCGAUCAGAUCGCAGGCCAGGCACUUUUGCUCUUGUCUGAGCACGGCAGCUACAUGACUGGCGGGGAGUAUUUCGUUGACGGCGGCCAGCUUAUCUACUAAAUUCAUAUGUCGAGCGCUCGAUGGUGGUACUCAGUGGAGCCUCAAAGGGGCUCAAGUGGAGCGCGCACAUGGCGUCGACGCCAUAUUGGAAAUCGCUUUGUGCUUAUACUAUGUAG